AUGGACAACCUGCGCGAGACCUUCCUCAGCCUUGAGGAUGGCUUGGGCUCCUCCGACAGCCCUGGCCUGCUGUCGUCCUGGGAUUGGAAAAACAGGGCAGGGCCUUUUGAGCUGAACCAGGCCUCCCCGACGCAGAGCCUUUCCCCGGCUCCAUCACUGGAGUCCUACUCUUCUUCGCCCUGCCCAGCCCUGGCAGGGCUGCCCUGUGUGCAUGGCAGGGCCGACAGUGGCAGCAGCCAUGGGGCCAGUGGCCUGGUAGAGAUGGACUAUAAUGUGUUAGCUUUCCAGCCUGCCUACCUACAGAGCUCUGGUGAUGCCAAGGCCCAGAAGGGCACCAAAGUCAGGAUGUCUGUCCAGAGGAGGCGGAAGGCCAGUGAGAGGGAGAAGCUCAGGAUGAGGACCUUGGCAGAUGCCCUGCACACUCUCCGGAAUUACUUGCCGCCUGUCUACAGCCAGAGAGGCCAGCCGCUCACCAAGAUCCAGACACUCAAGUAUACCAUCAAGUACAUCGGGGAGCUCACAGACCUCCUCAACCAUGGCAGAGAGCCCAGAGCCCAGAGUGCAUGA